AUGCAUUUACUCACUCAAUACCUCUUCAUCAUUGCGCUCUCUGGGCAUGCACUGGCAGCUCCGGCAGCUCCAAACCUCGAUGCCCGAGCAGUCAAUGCUCGUGGUGAUUCUCUCAUCGAGGCCAUCUUUGUUGAAGGAGAUGUUGUCGAUGCGGAGCCAAAACUCAAACGUGGAGACGCACUCAUUGAAGAUAUCUUUGUCGAAGGAGCCGUUGUGGAAGCGGCGCCAAAGCUCAAGCGUGGUGAUUCACUGAUUGAACAGAUCUUUGUUGAGGGUGAGGUUGUCGAGACAGAGACAAAGUUGAAGCGCGGAGACUCGCUUAUUGAGCAGAUCUUUGUUGAAGGUGAUGUUGUUGGCAAAGCGAAGCGUGGGGACGUGCUGAUUGGGCGUAUUCUUGAUGAAGGCGCAGUUGUGGCUAGGGAGUAG